GUCCUCCGCGCUUCCCCCCUCCAGAUUCUUCUGCAAUGUAUAAAGAGCCAAGAGAAGAAAACAUAACAUUAAAAUGCACGAACAAAGUGCGCCGAUCGCCAUGAGAGGAUCUAGCUGCAGUCCUUGAUUCGGAGUCUUUUUACAAAGAAUGUCAGGGACAGCAAAUGCGGAAUCGGAGGGAGUCUCCAAAGUUCAAAUAAAAAGGCAGAUCAAGACAAUCGUGGAAGAUUUGGAGAACAUCUUAGGAGACUUGAAGGAUGUAGCGAAAGAACUCAAAGAGGUUGUUCAUGAGAUAGACUCCCUGACCUCAGACCUCCAGCUAGAGGAGACGGCAAACAGUUCAAAGACUGACACACUGAACAGCAGCUCGAGCAGUACCACAACCACCACCACUGCCUCCAGCAUUGAGAGAAUCAAGAUCUACCCUGAAGACGCCUUCCUCAGACCCCCAUCCAUGGCCUCUGGCAUGCUCACUGUAUUAAAGAGGACCCAUCCUCCUCUCCCACCCCCUCGCCUGAUGCCAGCCCUAGUCGAGGACCACAGCAAGAGCUUGUCCUCAGGGAACCAAGCCAAAGAGAACAGAACACUCAUGCGCAAUGGUGGCUUCUCUACAAAGCCCAUUAACAUACCCGGCAGAGAUUCGGUAUGCAUGCCUAAAAGCUCGACAGAGAAAGGACUGACUCUGAUACCCCUUUUGCGGCACAAAAAAAGUCGAUGUCCCCAGGUGACACGAGAACGCGUGAGAUUCAGUGAAAAGGUCCAGUACCACGGCUACUGCCCGGAUUGUGACCUGCAGUACGACAUUGAAAACACGGAUAUGCACUUACACAGCGAGCUUUUUGACAUGAAACUAAGCCCCAUUCAUCAAUGCACCUCCAUGGCCCCAGCCCAUGUUCUGAUGGAAAACGGUGGGCUGAGCCUCAGUCAUAGCUUUCCUCCUACAACUCAACCUUGUGUGCCUCAUCAUGCUACUCCAAAACCGCAGAAAACCAUACUACGCAAGUCCACCACAACAACUGUUUGAUACAUAAAUCCCCCUAAAGAGACAUUGAAUAAUAUUUUAGAUAUUUUGUGUAAUAUCAUAAGCACUUUCUACUGCAAUAUAAAAUGGAUUACAAGAAGAUUAAAAAGGAAAGCGGCUAUGGGGAUGGCUUACUUCAUUGGAAGUCCUAAGCAAGUAAGUGAUUGGUCCCUUUAUGAUUGAUGAAAUGCCAUAUUGACCGUCUGAUCACCUCAAUUUUGUGAUGUUCAAUUCGAAAGCUCUUAGAUCACUACCAAAGGCCCCGUCAGAGAAAAGUAUUAUGAACAAGGCUACUCAGCUGAGUCAUCUACAAUCAGUUUAAUCAUAAUGGCCAAAGGAUAUAAGAUGUUGUUUGGUGUAGAAACACAUAUGUGAUUCUAUCAGACAGGUUUGUGUAGUCUUAGAAUUGCAAAAAAAAAAAGAUCUUUGAAAACAAAGGUCACUAUUCACUAGUCACUAUUUUCUUUGUCAUUCCAUAUGUUAUUCUGUUUCAUUUCUGUAGCAGAAAUCCUACAAUGACCUGAAAGUUAAUUGUAGCGUAAGUGACUGAAAUGGAGAAAAGUACCAUAUUGUUGCUGCUGAAAAUGUGAAAACAUUUAAAAGGAUCCACUUUAACUUGAUGGCUACACAGAACAUUUCAUAUUGCUAUCAUGUAAUAAUAAGAGAAAAAGCCCUUAAAAUAUUGCCUUUGAAUGAUAGGUGGAAAUUUCUGGAAGAUAUAGAGAAAUGUAAAUUUAAUUGUGCAAACACAGUAUAUGUUUUAUAAAAGAGGAUUUUGAAAUAUAAAUGUAUACAUAUAUAUAAAAACAUAUUUUUGAUAUGUCUUCAAAUGAUUUUAAAGAUUGAUUUCUUUUUUUCUGGACUGUAACCUCUGCAGGGCAUUUAUUUACAUAAUUUAUUUAUGUAUUAUUCAAAGAUAUAGGAAAUGUCUAAAAGGUUUUUGUAUAUUUCGUGAGUGUGUGUGACUGUGUUUUAAAAAACUAAUUCAUUUGUUUCAUGUGUACAAUCUGACAAAAAUAUUGGAUUUCUCAACAAGCCUGUCGUGCAUUAUGCUCCUUUAAUGGGAACAAUAUUUUAUAAUACAGCCCAUGUACACUCUAAGAUACACAUUUGCAUUUGAUGACUAAUACCACUGUUCCAUAUCCAGAAAUACAGCAUUGUUUCUGAUGUUGUGCAACAGCUGCAAGCCAUUUACCCUGGAAAUAAAUAUUUUUUACACCUCUGAGGACAUUAACAAUAGGAGAUGUCCAGUAAGAAUAUUUUCUUGUCGUCCACUCUAGGUCCUUGUGUGUUUUCUGGAAACAAUGAAAAUAUUGGGAAUAUGGAUAGACAUAUUCUUUGCCAUUUGUAUUUAUUUUUACACAGUUUGACCAUAUUUUGAACUAAAUAAAAGUAAGAUGGACAUGACCAUAAUGAAAAAUAACACAACCAUAAAAAAGAACAAUUCCUGUUGUUGUUGUUUUUUUUUUAAAAAAAAAAAGAUGUCAUUCUUAGCACUUUGCACUGCAAAUCAAAGACUUUAUAUAGUGGGGAUAAGAUCUGCUUUAAUAUGUGAAAUAC